AUGGUGUAUUUCCUCAGCCUCCUCGCACUCUCCCUCUUGCUUCCCACUUCCUCAUUCACCCAGACGACGUCUAUCGAUGUGCGCGAAGCCACCAUCUCCAGCAUCCACAGCUCUCUAUUCUCUGGCCUCACUACUUGCCGAGGUAUUGUCAGCGCCUUCAUCGCCCGGAUCGAACGCUUCAACUCGGACAUCAACGCCAUCAUCACCCUGAACCCAGAUGCUCUCUCAAUAGCCGACUCGCUAGAUGAGUCUCUUUCACGAGGCAAUGCCACGGGGCCACUCUUCUGCAUCCCCAUCUUGCUCAAGGACAACUAUGACGCCCUCCCCAUGCCCUCGACGGGCGGCUGUCUGGCCCUGAACGCUUCAAAGCCUGCUCAAGACGGUCCUGCCGUGCGCGCCUUCCGCGACGCCGGGGCCGUGAUCUUGGGCAAGUCGAAUCUGCACGAGCUCGCGCUCGAGGGUCUCUCGGUAUCCAGCCUCGGCGGCCAAACCAUCAAUCCGUAUGACUUCACCCGCACGCCCGGAGGGAGUUCAGGCGGCACAGGCGCAGCAGUUGCUGCCUCGUUCGCCGUGUUUGGCACGGGGACUGACACGGUGAACUCCCUACGAAGCCCAGCGAGUGCCAACAGCCUGUUCAGCUUCCGGCCGACACGGGGCCUGAUUUCUCGCGCAGGCGUCAUCCCGAUCUCAUACACCCAAGACGCCAUCGGCGCGAUAGGACGAUGCCCCUUGGACCUAGCAACGGCCUUGACGGUCAUGGCUUCCGUUGGCUACGACCCAGCAGACAAUGUGACCUCCGCGAUCCCGCCCUCAGUGCUGGGCACCGACUACACCUCCUUCAUAUCGCAGGGCGUCCGCGCAAACCUGACGGGGAUCCGCAUAGGAGUGCUCGAAGGGUUCUUCAACCGGACGGCGAGCAACGAAACCACGCCGGUCAACAACGCAAUGGACAACGUGAUCUCUAUGCUGCAGUCCCACGGCGCCAGCGUGAUUCUCAUCAACGACACGACAACCUACAACGCCACCUCGAUCUCGGCCCAGAUGGACGUCCAGACGUCCGAGUACCGCGAAAUGCUCAACCACUAUCUCUCGACGGACAACCUGACGGGGCCACACCCUCGAACGAUGCCGCAACUCUACACGCGCAACCAGAGCACCCCGGAAUUCCUCGUAAUCCCGUCUCAGUACUCAUACGUGGAGACGGCGCUAGUCUCGUCGACGUCCAACGCCUCGUACUACCUCAAACAGUCGCUGAUCGCCAACCUCACGCGGUCUCUGCACGCGACCAUCCUCACCAACAAACUCAGCUGCGUCAUCUACCCAGAACAAAAAAACCUGGUCGUCCCAAUCGGCUCGCCGAGCCAGUCCGGCCGCAACGGCAUCCUGGCGGCCGUGACAGGCUCCCCCGUCAUCACCAUGCCCAUCGGCUUCUCGCCGCCCUCGACGACCGCCCCAAUCGGCAUCCCCGUUGGCAUGGAGAUCCUGGGCCUGCCCUGGAGCGAGGGCACGUUGUUGCAAGUCGCCAAGGCCAUCGACGAUGUGCUGCAUGCUAGGCGGAUGCCCGUGACGGCUGGCUUGAACGAGACUGUCGAGGUCACCAAAGCCUACACUCAAGUGCCGCGCGUCGUGCCGCUGGGGGCGAAGAAUAUAGACAAGGCUGCGUACCCUCUAGGCGUGUAUUGA